GUCUUUCAUGGCGCCGAUUUCGAUAUUAUUUGGCUGCAAAAGGAUUUUGGUGUUUAUGUGGUCAAUUUAUUUGAUACUAAUCAGGCAUCUCACCUUCUAGAAAUGCGUUAUCAUUCCUUGGCAUAUUUGUUAAAACACUAUUGUCAAGUGGAUGCAGAUAAGAAAUUUCAGUUGGCAGAUUGGAGAUUAAGGAUGCGUAAUGAAUUGAUUCAAAAUUCUGUUACCAUGACUUAUAAUUUGUUAAAAGUUACACUUGAUCGCUCUGCCGAGAUUUCACUCCAAUGUUAUGAAACUUUUCGAUAUGAUCCGAGUGGUGAAGGUCCGAAUGGUUAUCAGAAGUUAUUAGCCAAAUGGAAUCAUCCAUUAGAUAGGCAACAGCUUGCGGUAUUUAAAGCUCUUCAUGCUUGGAGAGAUAAUAAAGCCAGAGAGGAAGAUGAAAGUUUAGCUUACGUUCUUCCGAAUGAUAUACUUUUUACACUUUCCGAAAAAAUGCCAGAUGAUUCCAAAGAUAUAACUCAUUUCUGUAGAAAUAUAGUUCCUCCACUCGUUCGAGAAAAUACUCUAGAGCUGGUUAGCCUGAUCGCUGAUGCUAAAAAUAGUGUCUUAAAUUCACCAAGUAUCUUUGAGAGCCAACCUAUGAGAAUUGAACGUGAUAUAAGAACUGCAACGUCAAAUAAUGUGCCCAUUCUCAAUUCUAAAAACAUAAAAUGGGUUUUGGAUAAAUCUCAUCCAAAAUAUAAUGUUGAUGAUUAUAAAGAAAAAAAGUCGGUAUUAUUUGGUGACUUUUAUAUUGAGAAUGAAAUGAACGAAACAUCGAAAAAGAAAGUUUCGGAAAUUCUCUCGAAUUUUACUUUUGCACUUCCCAUACUUCCUAAGUCAAUUUCAUACAAUUCUAAUCGAGACAAUCAAAAAUCUAAACCAAUCGAUGAAAACUCUCAACCAAUUAUAUCCCCUGUGGAACACAUUUACGUUCCACCUGAGGCGAGAAGUACGAAAUCAAAAGGAAAAGAACGGGAAGUAGUUGUUUUAUCGCAGUCAAUAUCAAAGAAGCGCCAAAGACGUGAGGAUGACGUAGAAGAUGUAACAAUCAUUGAGAAAAAUGAAAAAACUUUCGUUACAGAGACUGUUACUCCUGUGAAAGCUGAGUCAUCAAAAAGUACAAAUAUGGAUACGUCAACUAGUGAUACGCCGUUAACUAAAGCUGAAAAAAGGACCCGAAAGAAAAUGAAAGCUAUUG